AUGGCACAUUUUCAUUAUGGGGGAUCUUCAAUUUUGAUCAUCGGCAUUGUCGUUGGCUGUGUGGCACUCAUCAUUGUAAUUUCACUCAUUGUGGUGAUUGUCAUAUGCAGACAUCGACUGAGUGAAAUUUUCUCAAAACCAAAGCCACCAACGACAGAGUAUAGCCCUAUUAGUCAGAGCCCUACAACUGAAUCAGAGCAAUUACGUCCUUGUCAAAAUAGCUCAAACCAAGAAAUUUAUGCUGAAUUGGAGGAUGUAUAUGAUAAACCUCAGACAUCACCUUCAUCUCCUGCCAGGCCAGUUGCCUUUGUACCCCCACCACUGCCAAGCCUACCCCCUCCACCAUCCUCUCCUACUGAGAUGGCUCCAGCCAAAGCCCAGACAUCACCCUCAUCUCCUGCCAGGUCAGUGACCUUUGUACCCCCACCACUGCCAAGCCUACCCCCUCCACCAUCCUCUCCUACUGAGAUGGCUCCAGCCAAAUCCCAGACAUCACCCUCAUCUCCUGCCUGGUCAGUGUCCUUUGUACCCCCACCACUGCCAAGCCUACCCCCUCCACCAUCCUCUCCCACUGAUGAGGCGGCUCCAGCCAAACCUCCUCGGGGUAAACCAUCUUCCUUCAAGCGUCCUGAGAAGAGGAGUAUGACCGCAUUGACAUGA